UUGCUCGGUAGGUGUCGCGUGUGUAUAAAACGUCAUCUUCCGAAUCGGUCACUUUAAAUAAGGAAUCCGAGGGUGAGUGGUAACUUUCGCGAUUAGUUUAUUUAGUUUUUCUACGUAAACGAAGAUGUUUAGUUGGCUUAACAAAGACGAUAGCCGUAAAAAACAACCGGAAUUAUAUAACAGUGUGGUGGAGGGACUGAAAAAGAUAUACAAGUUAAAGAUUCUGCCUUUAGAGGAACAUUAUUUCUUCCACGAGUUCCAUUCUCCUCCAUUAGACGAUGCCGAUUUCGAUGCCAAACCCAUGAUCUUGCUGGUUGGACAAUAUUCUACGGGUAAAACGACAUUUAUAAGGUAUUUAUUAGAAAGAGAUUUUCCUGGUAUCAGAAUAGGUCCAGAACCGACCACAGACAGAUUCAUAACAGUCAUGCAUGGAGAUCAGGAAGGUGUUAUUCCUGGUAAUGCAUUAGUUGUAGAUCCAAAGAAACAGUUCAGACCGUUGGCUAAAUUUGGUAAUGCUUUCCUAAACCGUUUCCAGUGUUCGAUGGUCAAUUCCGACGUCCUGCGGAGCAUAACGAUAAUCGACACUCCGGGGAUACUGUCCGGAGAGAAGCAGCGCGUCGACAGGGGAUACGACUUCACCGGCGUGCUCGAGUGGUUCGCCGAGAGGGUCGACCGGAUAAUUCUCCUCUUCGACGCCCACAAGCUGGACAUAUCCGACGAAUUCAGGAGGAGCAUAGAGGCGUUGCGGGGUCACGACGACAAAAUCAGAAUCGUUCUGAACAAGGCAGACAUGGUCAACCACCAACAGCUGAUGAGAGUUUACGGCGCCCUGAUGUGGUCGUUGGGCAAGGUGCUGAACAUGCCCGAGGUCGUCAGGGUCUACAUCGGAUCUUUCUGGGACCAGCCGUUGCAGUACGACAUCAACCGCAAACUGUUCGAAGCUGAAGAACAGGACCUGUUUAACGACAUACAGAAUCUACCCAGGAAUGCGGCGUUGAGGAAACUAAAUGAUCUGAUAAAGAGAGCGAGAUUGGCAAAGGUACAUGCCUAUAUUAUCAGUGCAUUGAAGAAAGAAAUGCCUUCUGUGUUUGGUAAAGAUAGCAAGAAGAAGGAUCUUAUCAGAAACUUGAACGACAUAUAUUCGGAAAUUCAGAGAGAGCAUCAGUUUUCGAGGGGAGAUUUUCCCGACAUCAGAGAGAUGCAACAGAAGUUACUACAUCAAGACUUUCAAAAGUUCCAUCCUCUGAAACCGAAGUUAUUAGAAACGGUGGAUCGCAUGUUGGCCGAAGACAUCUCGAGGAUCAUGGCAAUGAUACCGCACGAACAGAACGAAUUGAAGGAAGCGGUUCUCGUCAAGGGCGGCGCCUUCGACGGCCUGGAAGAGAAUCCCUUCGGUUACGGACGGGGAGAGGGAGCCGACGCCGGUUCCCUGGAGACGGAGUGGAUAGUCGGUAAAGAACGUUACAAGUGGGACGAAAUUUUCCAGACGCUGGGCCCGGUCGACGGAAAGGUGUCGGGCGCCAGCGCCAAGUCGGAAAUGGUCAAGUCGAAACUGCCGAAUUCCGUGCUGGGGAAAAUCUGGAAAUUGUCGGACAUCGACAAAGACGGCAUGUUAGAUUCCGACGAAUUCGCCUUGGCCAUGCACCUAAUCAACGUAAAACUUCAGGGUCACGAUUUGCCUAUGGAAUUACCAGAUCACCUUAUCCCACCAUCCAAAAAAGGUUUUUCUUUCGCUUCAAGAGAUUCAUUAUAAUUUAUUAUACUUUUUAGUAAUUUCACAUUAUUGAAGCCAAAAUUCAGUUUUAUUUUUUUGAAUUCUUUUCAUUUUCAUAUGUAUUAUAAUCAUCCUUUCAAGUCUGUCAGAUUACUACUAUUUUUGCCUCAUUCAUUAAGCUUAUAAUGCUUUGUUUUAAGACCUCAAAACAGAUUUAUUAAUAAAUUAAAUAUAGUAUAUAUAUAAAUAUAUAUUUUUUUAAAGAAUUACAGCAUAAGAGUUUAAGAAACAAU